CUUCUACAAACAUACACCUCCAUCAUCCAGCCACACAUAGCAUCAUCUCAAGAGGAAAGAAAAGAAAAAGAAAAGAAAAGAAAAUCCAAAAUGUCCAAAAAACCACUUGGCCGUACAUCAGGGGUAAGCUAACAACAGACCCUCUGCCCCGUCAACCAGGAUCAUACCUCCCCAAAGCAUGAUACGAUGAUAAUUAUUGAACCCGGUUAAUAGUCUUUAAACGCCCCAAUUGCCGCCUUCACAAUGGCAGUCAUUUUAUGCUCGUACUGCUUUUACUCGAUUCGUUCUGCGCGAAGGGAGGCCCAGCAGUCUUCUGCUUCAUCUUCUUCAUCAUCUACAGCUCCAGCUCCGGCUCCGGCUCCGGCCGCGAUGAGUGAGAGUGUAGCGCAGCGAGAGCAGAGAAGACUUGCACAGCAGCAGCAGCAGCAGGGGUCUUCAUGGGUUCAGAGGGCGUUGGAGGAAGAGAAGGAGAGAAAUAAUACUGGGGCCAGGUAACGCUUGCUUCGAUUCUCCCAUUUUUUCUUUCUUUCUUUCUUUCUUUCUUUCUUCGGUGUAUGGUCCUGUGGUGUCUUUUUUUGUCCAUCCUACUUCAAGUACCUAGGAGUAUUAUUGGAUUGUGUUGAAUAACGUAUAUAUUAUAUUAUAUUUAUAUAAUAUAUCAUAGAUAGGGAUUAUAUGGGAUCUAUCAUAUUGUAUGUACAGAGAGUACUUUUUAUCUAACCUGACAUGUCAUGUUGGACU